GCAGCUAUUGUCGGCCAAGUGUGUCAGGCGGCGUGUUCGGGCUCGGUGUUUGUAUAUAUUUAAACAUAUUUCAAAGUUAAAUUGGCACAUAUGGAAUCACGACGACGAUGCUGGAUUGGUCAUGAACAUCAAAGUAGUUACAGUCCCAAAAGCUGCGUCUCGAACUUAACCAGCAAUGAAUGGUGCCGGUGCCGGCAUGAUGCCCACCAAGGUGAUUUCUUCCGAGCGCAUACCCUGCUUUUGAUAGUGCAGGUUUUCCUGUUAGCGAUCGCCGGCGUACCAACUUCCUGCAACGUGUGCCUUGGACCCAGUGCGACCAACGCAAGCUCAGACACACGGCCGCAGUCAAGAUCAACAUUCACGCCAGGCAUGUUGGACACCCCUCUUCAGGAUCUGCGCAUGUCAGUGAUGUCAUGCACCAUGGACAGUAUAAAAGCACUACCACAGAACUACUACACCAGUGGGCACGGCGAAGCGGCUGCGACCAUGCCGCUAACGAAGGAGUUUGUUCUCGCUGUGCAGAUCGGCACUUUCCUGCUGCUGAUACCGGCGGGGCAUGAAGAAGCGGGCAAACCGACGACAGCGUGGACAGCAAAUCUAGGCCGUGAUAAAGCCCGCCAUGUGCAACACGCGCCGGUUGGUCUGGAUGGUCGGCCCUACAAGUUGGACCCGUUGGGUUCAGCGACGUACUGCGCCGACGCCAUCUUCAGCGCCCCCUCGGUACCUCACUCAACGACGACAACCCUGGACAUAAAUACGGCCCCCCAAGCGACGGCGAUUAAUGGGCACGGCGGCACCCGAAGCAUGCAGAGCGCUAAUCCCUUCUUGUAUGUCGUACAGCUGUUUUUGGUGCUGGGCUAUGAGUGUCUUGAUUUCGUGAGUGCAUAUCGAGGCCCAACGUGUUUCUCUAUGCUCGAUCUUCCAUGCAGAUUACCUGCAUCACUUGGCUGCCCUCAACAAUACAGACAUCUGUGGUGUGGAUCAAGGUACCAUGAGAAUUUAUAUCCGGAAUUUAUAUCCCGGAUUUAUAGCCAGCCAAAGCUGGCAGAUUACCCUUUUCAAGUGUAAAUAUAUUUUUAAUAAAAUAUAGUAGAGCAACA